AUGGAUUCAGCUUGGCUCAUCCUCUGCGGCGCCCUUGUCAUGUUCAUGCAUGCAGGCUUCGCAAUGCUGGAGACCGGCUGCUGCCGUGCGAAGAACGCCUCCAACGUUCUGAUGAAGAACCUGGUGAACGUGUCGGUGGGGACGUUGGGCUGGUGGAUCUUCGGCUGGGCCUUCGCUUACGGAACGAAAGCGGGCUCUUUCAUUGGCACGGACGGCUUCUUCGGUCUUGGCUUCUACGAGAAGGGAUGCAGUGGGGGCGCUUUCUUUCUUGGUUUUCAUGUGGAGAAGGUUGAUGGGUAUUAUUGGGUAUUGAGCUUCACUUUGCAGAGAGGUCAUUGGCCAAGGGAGGGGCUGGACGUGGAAAGCAGCGCGGUUCUGCGCUGGUUUUUUCAGUGGGCGUUCUGCACAGCCGGGGCUACGAUCGUGAGUGGAUGCGUGGCCGAACGAGUCAAGAGCCCCACCUACGCCCUGUUCGCGUUCUGCAUGACGAGCUUCAUCUACCCGGUGAUCGUGGCCUGGACCUGGGGUGGCGGCUGGUUGGCCAACAUCUUCGACGUGGGAAGACUUGCAGUUGUGGCUGGAGACCUCAAGGUAAGGGGGCCGGGUGGUAAGGAUACAUGGAUUUUGCGGGAUCUGGCAUCGUGCACUUUUGCGGAGGCCCUCCUGGGUGGGGGGUGGCCUUCGGCUUCAGACAUUAGGUCCCAUUGGGGUGCUCCGGAGGAGUUCGAGUACCACAACAUCCCCUUGGUCGUCCUGGGAACCUUUGCCCUCUGGUUCGGCUGGUACGGCUUCAAUCCUGGCUCCACACUUUCCAUGCAUGACAAGGACACGGGCGCGCUGGCCGCGCAGGUGGCCAUGAACACCACGCUCUCGGCGGCCACCUGCGGAAUCUCCGUAUUCAUGCUGAAGUUUCUGCUGGUGCGCAAGUACGACGUCGGUGCACUCUGCAACGGCAUUCUUUCCGGGUUGGUGUCCAUCACCGCGGGUUGCGGGAACAUGGAGUGCGGCAGCGCCGUGCUUACUGGCUUCAUUGGCGCCUUUUUCUAUCAGGCGGCUUCCAUGCUCCUGGUGAAGAUGAAGAUCGACGACCCAGUGGAUGCCAGCGCCGUGCACGGAGCCUGCGGAUUCUGGGGGCUCAUUGCAGCCGGCCUCUUCGACUGGGGGAGGGGCUUCGACCACUACCACGGGUGGAGCGGCUUCAGCUGCAUGGCCGGAGAGGACCCUCAUGGACGCACGAAACCUGCGGCAGUCCCAAAAGGGCGGCUGGGCGCUGAGCGCCCGCACUGGUGGCGUCGACCUCUUCAAGGGGCGCACGCCGUUCAAACCAUCACCCUUGUCAUGUUCAUGCAUGCAGGCUUCGCAAUGCUGGAGACCGGCUGCUGCCGCGCAAAGAACGCCUCCAAUGUGCUGAUGAAGAACCUGGUGAACGUGUCGGUGGGGACGUUGGGCUGGUGGAUCUUCGGCUGGGCCUUCGCCUACGGAACAAAAGCGGGCUCCUUCAUUGGCACGGACGGCUUCUUCGGUCUCGGCUUCUACGAGAAGGAUGCUUCGGGCAUCAUCAUCCCGGUGGCUUGCAAAGACGGGAACUGCCAGUCCACGAUGCUGAGCUGGUUUUUUCAGUGGGCGUUCUGCACGGCCGGGGCUACGAUCGUGAGUGGAUGUGUGGCCGAACGAGUCAAGAGCCCCACCUACGCCCUGUUCGCGUUCUGCAUGACGAGCUUCAUCUACCCGGUGAUUGUGGCCUGGACCUGGGGCGGCGGCUGGUUGGCCAGCAUCUUCGACGUGGGAUACAUGGACUUUGCGGGAUCUGGCAUCGUGCACUUUUGCGGAGGCGUUUGCGGCCUCGCUGGCACCACCAUCCUCGGCCCGCGCCAGGGCCGCUUCGAGAACCCCGAGGAGUUCGAGUACCACAACAUCCCCUUGAUCGUGCUGGGAACCUUUGCCCUCUGGUUCGGCUGGUACGGCUUCAAUCCUGGCUCCACACUUUCCAUGCAUGACAAGGACACGGGCGCGUUGGCCGCGCAGGUGGCCAUGAACACCACGCUCUCCGCGGCCACCUGCGGAAUCUCUGUAUUCAUGCUGAAGUUUCUGCUGGUGCGCAAGUACGACGUCGGCGCGCUGUGCAACGGCAUCCUUUCCGGGUUGGUGUCCAUCACCGCGGGCUGCGGGAACAUGGAGUGCGGCAGCGCCGUGCUCACCGGCUUCAUUGGCGCCUUCUUCUAUCAGGCGGCUUCCAUGCUCCUGGUGAAGAUGAAGAUCGACGACCCUGUGGAUGCCAGCGCUGUGCACGGAGCCUGCGGAUUCUGGGGGCUCAUUGCAGCCGGCCUCUUCGACUGGGGGAAGGGCUUCGACCACUACCACGGGUGGAGCGGCUUCAGCUGCAUGGCGGGAGAGGACGGACAGUGCCUCAGCGGCCUUGGAGGAGCCGGCGUCGCCGCGCAGCUGGUGUUGAUUGUGGCCAUCGUGGCCUGGGCUGGGUCGCUCUCCACUCUCGCCUUCCUGUGCUUGAAGUUUUCCGGCCUCCUCCGCAUCGAUGACCACACGGAGAAGAUCGGCUACGACAUGCACUCGCACUCCCCGCCGAAGGCAUAUGCCUUCAAUCCGUACAACCCGAACGCAUCGGACUCGUACGCACAGAAGCCGAUGGAGGUCUCUGGCACCGUGUGA